AUGGCUGCCAACGCCUACUACAACAGCUCCAACACAUUCUCUCCCAAUGCCACAUCACAUCAGCAGUCAGGCACAAUAGGAGGUGCCUCACCUCCUCCGCCUGCUCCUCCCGACAAAUCUACACACUCAAUCUCCCCCGUCACAUCUCCCUUUGACGACCCGAACAAUAGAUACAACUAUCCCUCCGAAUCACAACAACAUCUCGUCUCGGGUGGUGCCGCCCCGGCAGGCUACCAGGGCUAUAACGACGAUACCACCUACCACGGCGCAGGAGCUCCCAGUCGAUACGAUCCACCCGCGCAGUACGGUCAGAGCCACGACCCUUUUGCUGACCAGAACGCGAUUCAGCUCCAGAACCAAGGGAAGAUGGGCGAGCAUUCGAAUCCGUAUGGUGCGGAUCCCGAGAACCAUAUAUAUACCGGUCCUCCAAAUGGGGGAGGUUAUCCCGACAAGAGGAGGCGGAAGAAGAAGCCGUUCUUGAAGAGGAAAAUAACAUGGGUUGUUUACAUUUUGACGGCGGUGCAGAUUGGUGUUUUUGUCGGUGAACUCAUUAGGAAUGCUAUCCUCACGAAAACGCCUAUUCAGUUGAAACCCCAGUUUAACAUCAUGAUCGGGCCGUCGCCGUACGUUCUGAUCAACAUGGGCGCCCGUUACCCGCCCUGCAUGCACAACAUCCGCGGUGUGACCGACCACAACGAAAUGGUGUAUUGGAACUGCCCAAACACCACUUCCCAGGAACCGGCUGACAAUCACUGCUCGCUGCAAGAACUCUGUGGCAUGGGAUCUGGUGUCCCGGAGCAGACAUAUCCCACACCGUUCGAUGACCGCUCGCAUGAGCCGAACCAGUGGUGGCGCUUCAUCACGCCCAUCUUCCUCCACGCCGGUCUCAUUCACAUUGGUUUCAACAUGUUGCUCCAGGUGACGCUCGGUCGAGAUAUGGAAAAAGAGAUUGGACCACUACGAUUUGCACUCGUCUACUUCUCUGCAGGAAUUUUCGGUAAUGUCCUCGGUGGAAACUACGCUGCGGAGAAUCUGCCUAGUGUCGGUGCCUCAGGCUCGUUGUUCGGUAUCCUCGCUCUCGUCCUUCUCGAUCUCCUCUACAAUUGGUCUUCCCGCCCCUCCCCCGUCAAGGACCUUCUUUUCCUCAUCCUCGACAUAUGCAUUGCCUUUGUCCUCGGUCUCCUUCCUGGCCUAGACAACUUCGCCCAUAUUGGCGGUUUCCUCUGCGGUCUCGUGCUGGGUAUCUGCCUCAUGCAUUCGCCUCAGGCUCUGCGUGAGCGCAUUGGCACCGACGAACCUCCCUACGCAUCUGUGCAUAAUGCAGACAACUCCCAAGGGGCGGAUGGCACCAAGCCCGCCUUCGCAAUCCCCGCGAUCGUUAAGCAACCUGUGGGAUUCUUUAAGGGCCGUAAGCCAUUCUGGUGGGCAUGGUGGAUUGUGCGUGCCGGCGCUCUCGUCGCCGUCUUCAUCGGCUUCAUCCUGUUGCUGAGGAACUUCUACGAGUUCAGGAACGAGUGUUCGUGGUGUUACCGCCUCUCGUGUCUUCCUGUCCGCGACUGGUGCGAGAACCAACACUUUGACCUCGACUCCACGAGUGAGAAUCCGUCUCGAAUGAUGAUAAGAGAGCUCUUCGGCUCGGCAGCGGGACCCGUCGACCUAGGUGCGGCAAUGGCCGCUCAGGCUUUCACUGCAUAG